UCAAUCUUUGGUGUCUUGACCUGAUUGGCAAGCACUAGCUGACCUGGCGCCAUCCCAACUCACAAGACACAGUAUUCAGUCAGAGAUGAAUGAAUGAAUGAACGAUGGUUCUGUUUUGACACACCCUUGGCAUGGCGCUACCAUUUCCCUAUCACACCACACAUCGUUUACUUAUCAAAUUCUUUCAUCUUCAUAAUUACUAGCAUUGCACUCAAAUUGGAACCACAUAAAUAUCAUAACUAUUUGGAAACACUGUGAUAAUAAAGGAAAGAGGACAAAUAUUUCUCUCAAUAUAUAUGGCAGCAUCCCCUUUGAUUUACGCUCGCUGUAAUUACUCCCCACGAAUUGCUAAUCGCUCCUCUUCUCAGCCUUCAUCUUCAUCCUCCCCCUGCUGUUCUUCAUCAUCCACCCCUAACUCCAUUUUUACUUCCCUUUCUGGUGCUAACAGAGAACAGCGUCAGGAGAGCCUUAGAGCUCAAGCUAUGAGUACUACCACUCAGGGAAAGUCUCCUGUUAAAACCAUUGUGAAUCUGAAGAAUGAUCCUGAUCAUCUUCUUGUCCUUGUCCAUGGUAUCUGGUCUAGCCCAAGUGACUGGAGUUAUACGGAGGCUGAGUUAAAAACGCACCUUGGAAAAAGCUUUUUAAUAUAUGCAAGUUCAUCAAACGCCUACACUAAGACAUUUACUGGGAUUGAUGAAGCUGGAAAGCGAUUAGCUGAUGAAGUCAUGCAAGUUGUAAAGAAGACAAAGAGCCUGAAGCGAAUUUCCUUUGUUGCCCAUUCUCUUGGAGGCCUCUUUGCUAGAUAUGCAAUUUCUGUUCUUUAUUCACCUGAUACCUAUAAUAGCGGCCAACUUGGUGAUUCAAUGAACUGCAUGAUGGAAAAUUCACAGAGAACAGACUUUUCAAGAGGGACGAUUGCUGGACUUGAACCAAUUAAUUUUAUUACUCUAGCAACUCCACAUCUUGGUGUAAGGGGAAAAAAACAACUUCCAUUUCUAUUUGGUGUUUCGAUCCUAGAAAAGCUUGUUGCGCCUAUAGCUCCACUUUUUAUUGGUCGGACUGGUACUCAGCUUUUCCUUACUGAUGGUGAACCCAACAAACCAUCCCUUCUUUUGAGAAUGGCUUCUGACUGUGAAGAUGGAAAGUUCAUAUCUGCACUUGAAGCAUUUAGAUGUCGUGUUGUUUAUGCUAAUGUAUCAUAUGAUCAUAUGGUUGGGUGGCGCACAUCCUCUAUAAGGAGGGAAACCGAACUUGGUAAGCCUCCACGCCAAUCGUUGGAUGGAUACAAGCAUGUUGUUGAUGUGAAAUACUGCCCCCCGGUUCCUUCCGAUGGACCUCAAUUUCCUCCGGAAGCUGUGAAAGCAAAGGAGACUGCACAGCUUACCCAGAAUAAUGUAGAAUUUCAUGAAAUUAUGGAAGAGGAGAUGAUACGGGGAUUACAGCGAUUGGGAUGGAAAAAAGUUGAUGUCAACUUUCACUCAGCAGCCUGGCCUCUCUUUGCUCACAGCAACAUCCAUGUGAAAAAGAAGUGGCUUCACAAUGCUGGUGUAGGAGUAGUCGCUCAUGUUGUUGACAACUUAAAACAGGAGGAAACGUCAUCAAUUUUACCAACAUCAUAAAAAAUGUUGACUGCAUCAUUUGUAUGUACAUAUUUGAAAUUAAAAAAACAGAAUAGAAGUGAUUCUUAUAACUAAAUAAAUUAAAAUAAACAUCAAAAACCUCUUCUAGAGUCAAACAGACUAGAUUAGACAAGAAGCACUACAGACAUUUGGAAAAGGGGGAAUCCUUAUUUAGCUUCUGCAUGAUUGGUACACCCUAUAAGCUUUAAUUUUUUGACAUAUGGACAUGGUUAACAGAUUGAUCUAGAUUUUGCUAUUUGUUGAGCAGAGCUCUAGCUCAGUAACAAUUAUGCCUAUUGCCUGUUUAAUGAAGAAAAGGGAUUUGAGAAAAGCAA